CUUAGUUGUGACGGUGUGGCGGUGCACCGCGAUCUGAACUCAAACAUCCAGGCCGAAGUCGGUGUUUCCGUUGACGCUACUUCUCCCAGCGCACACGUUGAAGCGUUUAUCCCAGGAUUUAUCCCAGGAUUUAUCCCGCUUUCUGGGUUGUGGACAACCAGCCUGUUUCGAUGAACGACUCCAAGAAAGGAAACUGCCAGUCCGUUCUCGAGAACUCAGACUCUGACAUUGGCAUGUUCGGCUGGGUGCUGGUUGGACUUUCUCUCCUGCUGGUGCUGAUCACGUUCCCCCUCUCCAUAUGGAUGUGCUUUAAGAUAGUGCAGGAGUACCAGCGAGCCAUUAUCUUUCGCCUUGGCCGCAUUGUGAAAGGAGGAGACAAGGGACCAGGGUUGUUCUUCAUCGUACCGUGCACUGACAUCUUCGUCAAUGUGGACAUGCGUACUAUCACCUUUGACAUCCCGCCACAAGAGGUUCUGACCAAAGACUCGGUGACGGUGUGCGUUGACGGCGUGGUGUACUACCGGGUCCAGAACGCCACCCUGGCUGUGGCCAACAUCACCAACGCGGACGCCGCCACCCGGCUGCUGGCCCAGACCACCCUGAGGAACGUCCUGGGCACCAAGAACCUGGCGGAGAUCCUGUCCGACCGCGAGGAGAUCGCUCACAGCAUGCAGGCCACUCUGGACGAUGCCACAGACAACUGGGGGAUCAAGGUGGAGCGCGUGGAGAUCAAGGACGUGAAGCUGCCUCUGCAGCUCCAGAGAGCCAUGGCGGCCGAGGCGGAGGCGAGCCGCGAGGCCAGAGCCAAGGUGAUCGCGGCGGAGGGUGAGAUGAAGGCGUCGCGGGCCCUGAAGGAGGCGUCCCUGGUGAUCUCUGAGGCCCCGUCGGCUCUGCAGCUGCGCUACCUGCAGACCCUCAACACCAUCGCCGCCGAGAAGAACUCCACCAUCGUCUUCCCGCUGCCGAUGGACAUGAUGCACAGCCUGAUGAAGCGCUGAGGAAGAACGCCGCCCACACACAAACACACACACACACACACACACACACACCCACAGACAGGUCAUGUAGGCUUCCUGCCUCUGAAAGCAGCUGUUUGGAUUUUAAAACUCCUUAAAUCGUUUUAACUGGAGGAUCCAGGAAGCCUCAGACCAAAUCUUCUGCUGUUAAAUCGAAGAUAAACACACACAUCCCCUCCUAAUCUGUCCUGAUAUUAUAACACUGACAGCAUUUCACCACAUGAGCCACACACUGCAAAAACAUAAAAUAUUUACCAGUAUAGUAUUGCAGUAGAAACCAGAC